AUGUUUAAGUAACAAAAAUCAAGUCUUCUCGGAAUCUCCCUCGUUGUAUGUAGAAAUUCAAAAGGCCAAUAUCUCACUAUUUUGGAAAAUGGAGAUCAAGGAUGGUGGUUGCCUGGAGGUUUAGUAGAUCCUCCCGAAACCUUCGAAUAGGCUGCCAUCCGAGAAACCAAAGAAGAAGCAUCAAUAGACGUUGUUCUCAAAGGCAUUUUAAGAGUUGAAAAUUCAUUGAAGCCCGAUUAAAAUCAUCUUCGAGUUCGAUUAGUAUAUUAUGCAGAACCCAUAGAUGAGAAGUAAAUACCAAAGCAAAAACCCGAUAGAGAAACCCAAUAAGCAAGAUGGGUAGACUAUAAAGACUUGCCAUCUUAUGCUUAAAUUGGUCCAGGAUGGAGAGGAAAAGAAUUAUUAGAAUGGUCAAAGUACAUUGAAAAUGGAGGAGCCAUCAUGCCUUUAACGUUCUUUGCUAAUGAAGGUCGAGAUCCUAUUAUCGAAAAGGCUCAUUAUAAAGCAGAAUUACCACUCAGCAAAUUAAAAUGA